CAUAACAUAACAUAGCCACACAUUUUGACACCGUAACCUCCCUUUCAAUCCAACAUACUACACUAUCCUCCUCCUCUUUAUAACGAACGACUCUUUCUCACAUCCUCACUCUCAUUGUAUUUUGUUACCUUCCUCACAAAAAUAACAAUGAUCAAAACCUUAAAUCCAUACCCAAAUCCAGCAAAAACAGCUGAGAUUAUGUCAAGGUAUAGACCAAUAGCACCAAAGCCAGAAACAUGUUCAAGUAACAAUUCAACUAGUGAUGGAUCUUCAUCAUCAAACUCACUUUCUCAAAAGAUCAAACAAUCUCCUUACCUUAGGAAUCUUUGGCCACAGUUACAAGCAAGACCAACAAGGACAAGAAAGAGAGGUAGAGCUCCUAUUUCACUACCCUCUUCUUUGAAAAGACAAAAAACACAUGUCUUAGGUUUUUGUCAACCUUUGCAUGUAACAUCUCCAAUAAAAAACCUUACUUUACAAGGUAAUUUUGUUCCUCCUUCUUCACUUCCUCAACUCCCUCUUCCAAAUCAUGGAGUUGGAGUUCUCAAUUGCAACAAAAAUUCAACUACUAAUCCAAAUUUAGUAACACUCCCUCUUCUUCCUUGUUCUCCUAAUUCACCUAAUAAUAAUAAUGCAUUAAAAUUUGAACUAGAGGUGAUAGAUUUGAACAACACUAAAGUGGAAGUUCCACAAGAGAGGGAUCUUUUGCAACAACUACAAAAACCAGCUUCUAGCACCAACAAUGUCAUCAAUGUGAUCUCGCCGCAACCGAUUCGACCAAUUGGUUCAUGCAUAAAUGUUGGUUGCAUAAGUGAAGUUUCAGCUAUACCAUGUGUAACAAAAACACCUAAAAAACCUGAGGAAUUAGAACAAGAGGUUGAGUCAGAGGAAUUGCCAGCUGUCAUUUCAGAUUCAAACAACAGAGUUAGGAUGGCAAAUUCAGCUUACAAAGAAAUGGUGGGUCAACCAGAAUGUCCUUGGCUUGAAAUUCAAUGUGGUUCAUCAUGCAAGAGGAUUAGUGGUGAGGUAACAUUGCAACUUUCUGAUUCUUCAAAUAUACCAAUUUCUUCAAAUGGUUUCUCUUGUUGGGUGAGGAUUGAAUGGGAAAAUAAUGGACAGAAGAAAAAUUGUGUGAAUGCUUUUUGUGAUGUUGUCAAGUUGUGUUGUGAUCAAUCAAGGGACUAUGUUUUCACUUGGAGGUUUCAUACUCGUUCUAGGGAAGCUUCUCAAUCCAGUUGCAAUGCUUGAAAAUUGAAACUUGCACAUAGUUCUUCUCUAGAGUGUACUCUAGUCUAUAGUAUAGUAUGAGUAAUUAAUUUCUUGUCUCUUAGCUAGCUAUAGAUAUAUACUAUAUAUGUGUAUAUUUAGUAAUAGUAUAUAGUAUUAGGGAUCAAGUAUAGUUUUUUGAUUAAGUUUCUUUCUUUGCUAAGAUGUGUACAAGAGCUUGUGCUAAAAAAAUAUAUAUAUAUAUGAAGAAGAAGCUAUUUAGUUACUAUA